AGCACUAAACAAACCCAAAGAUGAACUGAACAAAUCAAAAGACAAAUUGAGGAAUAUCAGUAGGCUGUGAGAAGCAGCAAGCAGAAAUAGGAUUCCCUGGAUCCUGAAUGCCUCAGGGCACCGCGUCGCUGAGGAAAGAGAAAAGAAAGCACUUCCAAAUCCAUCCACCUUCCAUUUGGGAUGGUGAAUUAUUACAAAGUUCUAGGACUGCAAAAAAAUGCCUCGCAAGAUGAUAUUAAAAAAUCCUACCGAAAGCUGGCACUAAAAUGGCACCCCGACAAGAAUCCUGACAACAAGGAAGAGGCAGAAAAGGAAUUCAAAGCUGUAGCUGAGGCAUACGAAGUUUUAUCGGACCCCCAAAAGCGCUCCAAAUAUGACAGAUCUACCUAUGAAAGUAGGCAGAGAGGAGGGGGAGGUGCUACUGGAGGCUACUACAGCCCAUUCGGUUCUGAUUAUGUAUUCCGUAACCCGGAAGAGAUCUUCAGGGAAUUUUUUGGAGGAAUGGACCCCUUUGCACAAGAUUUCUGGGACAGUUCACUUGACAAUGAUGGGUAUGGUAGUGAAAACAGAUACAGAGACCGUAGAAGAGGACCUGGCUUUGCUGGCUUUGAUGUGUUUCCUGAUUUUACACAGUCAUUUAUGUCAUUCGGAUCAUUCCAACCUGGCGAGAACACUACAUUUUCCUGCAGGUCCUUUGGAGGUGACACCAAUGGGUCAAACAAUUUCAGAUCAGUCUCAACUUCUACUGAAGUUGUCAAUGGUAGAAAAAUCACUACCAGAAAAAUCAUCGAGAAUGGACAAGAACGAAUUGAAGUGGAAGAAGAUGGCCAGUUGACAUCCAUCAAAAUAAAUGGGAUGGAACAGCUGAAAUGCUAG